AUUUAAAGAUGGACGCCCCUCCAGAGAGGAGAGACACCAGGAGAGGUCAAAGGUCACCAGUGCUCAGUCUGUACAGCAGCAUAAAACAGAGCUGGAGAUGAACCAGGAGGAACUGGCCGACACACUGUGGGGCGAAUCUGCUGCUGUCGAGUGCCAAACUAAAUUCAAGUCUCGUUUGAAGAAGAAGUUGUGGAGUUUGGAUGAGGGAAUCACACAUCGGGAGCAAAGACCUCUGAAUGAGAUCUACACAGAGCUCUUCAUCACAGAGAGAGGCAGUGGAGAGGUCAACCAGGAACAUGAGGUCAGACUGAUUGAAACAGCUUCCAGGAAACCAGCCAUGAAGGAAAUACCAAUCAGAUGUGUGGACAUCUUUAAACCCUUACCUGGACAAGAUAAACCAGAUAAACCAAUCAGGACAAUAAUGACAACUGGAGUGGCCGGCAUUGGUAAAACCGUCUUAACACAAAAGUUCACUCUGGACUGGGCUGAAGGCAAAGCCAACCGUGACAUAAACUUCACAUUUCUCCUCACUUUCAGAGAGCUGAAUUUACUGAAAGAUAAAGAGUUUAGCUUGGUGGGACUUGUUCAUCACUUCUUUAUUGAGACCAAAGAAGCAGGAAUCUGCAGAUUCCACCGGUACCAAGUUGUCUUCAUCUUGGAUGGUCUGGAUGAGUGUCGACUUCCUCUGGACUUCCAGAACAACCCGAUCUGGACUGAUGUCAAAGAGCCGUCCUCGGUGGACGUGCUGCUGACCAACCUCAUCAGGGGCAACCUGCUUCCCUCCGCUCGCAUCUGGAUAACCACACGCCCUGCGGCAGCCAAUCGGAUCCCUGCUGAGUGUGUUGACAGGGUGACAGAGGUGAGGGGGUUCACCGACCCUCAGAAGGAGGAGUACUUCAGGAAGAGAUUCGGAGACGAGACGCUGGCCAACACAAUCAUCUCCCACGUCAAGAAAUCACGAAGCCUCCACAUCAUGUGUCACAUCCCAGUCUUCUGUUGGAUCACUGCUACAGUUCUGGAGGACAUCUUAAAAACAUCCAAGAGAGGAGAAGAGAUGCCCAAGACCGUGACUCAGAUGUACAGCCACUUCCUGAGGGUUCAGUCCAUACAGGGGGACAGGAAGUACCAUGGGAGAUCUGAAACAGAUCCACACAGGAGUUCAGAGAGCAGGGAGAUCAUUGUUUCUCUGGGAAAACUGGCUUUUAACCAGCUGGAGAAAGGCAACCUGAUCUUCUACGAGGCAGACCUGGCAGAGUGUCACAUCGACAUCAAAGCAGCCUCAUUGUACUCAGGAGUGUUCACCCAGAUCUUUAAAGAGGAGUGCGGGAUGUACCAGGACAAGGUGUUCUGCUUUGUCCAUCUGAGCAUCCAGGAGUUUCUGGCUGCCCUUUAUGUCUUUCUGUUCUUCAUCGACACUGGUAUCACUCUGCUCUCAGAAGAACCACCCACCUCUGGGGAAGAUAAACUCCUCCUCCUCUACCAGAGUGCUGUGGACAAGGCCUUACAGAGUGAGAACGGACACCUGGACUUGUUCCUCCGCUUCCUCCUGGGCCUCUCUCUGGAGACCAAUCAGAUUGUCCUACGAGGUCUGCUGGGACAGACAGGAACUAGCUCACUGACCAAUAGUAAAACAGUGUCUUACAUCAAGAAGAAGAUAGCUGGAGAUCUCUCUCCAGAGAGAAGCAUCAACCUGUUCCACUGUCUGAAUGAGCUGAACAACCGUUCUCUAGUGAAGGGGAUCGAGCAGUACCUGACAUCAGGAAGUCUCUCCGGAGAAUCUCUCCCUCCUUCUCAACUGUCAGCUCUGGCCUUCAUCCUAGUGACAUCAGAAGAGGAGCUGGACGUGUUUGACCUGAAGAAAUACUCUGCUUCAGAGGAGGGUCUUCUGAGGCUGCUGCCAGUGGUCAAAGCCUCUAAAACAUCUCUGCUAAAUGGCUGUCAUCUGUCAGAGAGAUGCUGUGAAGCUCUGGCCUCAGUUCUCAGCUCCAGCUCUAGUCUGAGAGAGCUGGACCUGAGUACCAAUGAUCUGCAGGACUCAGGAGUGAAGCUGCUCUCUGUUGGACUGGGGAGUCCACACUGUACACUGGAAACUCUCAGGCUCAAUGGCUGUCAUCUGUCAGAGAGAUGCUGUGAAGCUCUGGCCUCAGUUCUCAGCUCAGACUCCUCUAGUCUGAGAGAGCUAGAGCUGAGUACCAAUGAUCUGCAGGAUUCAGGAGUGAAGCUGCUCUCUGCUGGACUGGGGAGUCCACACUGUACACUGGAAACUCUCAGCUUGUCUGGCUGCCUGGUCACACAGGAAGGCUGUGCUUCUCUGGCCUCAGCUCUGAGCUUCAACCCCUCCCAUCUGAGAGAGCUGGACCUGAGCUACAAUCACCCAGGAGACUCUGGAGCUCCGCUGCUCUCUGCUGGACUGGAGGAUCCACGCUGGAGACUGGACACUCUCAGUGUGGAGCACGGUGGAGUAUGGAGGCUGAAACCAGCUCUGAAGAAGUAUGCCUGUGACCUCACACUGGACCCCAACACGGCCUACAGACGACUCUCUCUGUCUGAGGACAACAGGAAGGUGACGCGGGUUGGAGAGGACCAGCCGUAUCCGGAUCACCCAGACAGAUUUGACUCCCGGCUCCAGGUGUUGGGUAGAGAGGCUCUGACUGGCCGCUGUUACUGGGAGGUAGAGUGGGAAGGAGUGGUUGAGAUAGGAGUGACAUACAGAGGAAUCACAAGGAGAGGAGGGGGUGGUGACAGCGGGCUUGGAUGGAACAACAAGUCCUGGAGUCUUUAUUGUUAUGAUCGUCGUUACUCUGCCCGGUACAACGAUAUAGAGACAGCCAUCCCCCCCCCCCCCGAUGGCUCCUCCUGCCAGAUGAGGACUCUGGACAGCGGCAUCGGGACCUUCCCCCCCCCGCGCCCCCUGGGCCGCCGCCCCCUCCCCCAGUCCCAGUCCAGCCCCGGGGGGGGGGCGGUGCGGGCAGGAGGCCCCUGCAGCCCCCUGGGACCGCCUCCUCCGCCUCCUCCACCUCCUCCACCCCCACGACAGCUCCCUGGGAGCGCCGCGUCGGUGAGGACCUCGGACAGUGUGGCCCCGCCCCCAACGGAGCCUCACAACACAGCGCCCUCCUCAGAUUGCUCCGGAGGACAUCGGUUGAGUCUAAAGGGUUCUCGCGAAGCCAUCUCCACCACCAAUCAAGAGGAGGAAGAGGAAGAGGAGGAGGAGGAGGAGGAGGAGGAGGAGGAGCGAGAUGGGGGAUUGAGGAGCCAGCGCCUCCUGUCUCCUGACAGGACCCUGCGAGCGUGCACGUACACGGGCACCAGCAGUGAGACGCAAGAUGAGGACCACAGUCCAGGGUUGAAAGCGCUGAGUUUGGAGCCGCCGCUGUCCAUCAUGGACUGUUACCGUGACGACGCCUUCCGUCGCCUGGAGACGGGGGGCGGGGGUUCUCCCACUACGACCAAUCAGGGGACAGCCUCGACGUAGAGCCGUCUCUCCCCCUCUCAGGUAGAGCCGUCUCCUCCUCCACUCUGAACCAGCUGAUCCGCUCCGCAGCAGAGCCAAGGGUGCGCCGCGAUGCUCCCUCAGUGACUCCCUGCACUCAUCUUGACCAGCCAGGUCGCUGACGACACUAGCGGCCUGAAGCGCUAAUG